AAGGCGUUACCCUUAGUAAAGUAUUUUUCAUCCGGAGUGAAUGGAAUGUGAAAUGCAGAUUUGUACGUCGGCGCCUUGAAGUGCAUUCAUGACGACGUCUGAUGCCGCUAAAAGCAGACGAGUAUUAACAUAUUAUGAGCGUGAUUCCUUGACUUGUUCUAAACUACGCUUCGGUCCUUUUCAUUGGAUAUCAUCUAUUUCUCAGACACUGCAAUAAAACCGAGCGGCUUAAUGGAAAAAUCGGUUUCUGUGUGGCUAUUGGGACUUCUAAUAAAGGUGUGGUCAGUCCCUAUUCUGAGCAGUCAUGCAUCAGUCUAUGUGCAAGUGGAAUUCUGUUGUUUUCCUCUCAGUUUAGAGUCUGACUCCUACACACUUUUGUUGGGAAACAAGGUGCUGAACAGCGGUGCAGUAUGUCAAAGAGUGUGUGAGUGUAUCAUAGAUGCAAGUGUGCCACAGACGUCCAAGGAGCUCAGUCUGACUCUGCAGUCAUACAGUGACCAGCAACUGCUGGACUUCAGAUCCUUUCGGUUGGAUCCUCUGCAGAGCUUCUUUCUGAGGGUGGAGGUCUCCUGUACAAGUGCUCUGUUGAAGUGGACCAGGUGGAGUAAAAGUCAAGUUCUGCAGGUGUGUGUAGAUCGUCAGUGUUGGACCAUCUCCUCUUCUCAUCCGUCUCACCUGGUGACAGGGCUACGACCAGGAACUCGUUAUAGUGUCAGUGUGGAAGAGAAAACGCAUCCCUUCACCAAUAUCACUCUCACACAGAAGCUGCAAAUGGCCAUAAAGACAGCUCAGUGCCCAGAGGGCUGGCUGGCUGUCGGGUGGAGCUGUUAUCGGGUAAGUGCGGGUAUCCUCACGUGGACUGAGGCCCAGCGUGAAUGUGAACGGGUAGCUCCCGGUGUCCAACUGGCCAACCUAAAGACAGAUGUUGACUUUCUGUCGAUUUCAUCCCAUCUACAAUCUCAUGACCACAACUUGCUGCUAUGGACUGCUCUGAACGACCGACAGCAAGAGGGGGAGCUGAGCUGGUCUGAUGGCUCCGCCUACAACCUGAGUGUUGGUGUGAUAUCGUCUCUCUCAGCCAAUCAGACAGAUUGUUUUGCCCUCCAGAGGAAUGCCAGUGGAGCAGGCUACUUCCUCACCUCUCUCCCCUGUCUCCUGCAGCUACCCUCCCUCUGCCAGUUGGAAUUGCUGCAGGAGUCAAUUGCUGGGUUGCAGAUGGAGAGUGUACAUGAGAUGGAAGCAGCUUUCCACUGGUCAUACCUCUCUCUGUUCCAACACUUCACUGCCAGCUCAGAGCUCAGCCUGCUCACUGAGGAUCGGUCAGGGAGACAAGUGUUCACACACACCCUGUUUGCGCAAACACAGGAUAGAGUGGUUGUGCGUGGACUCUACCCUGGACAUGUCUAUUACUUCUCACUCAGCCUUAUACAUCCCAGUGGAGCAUCUCAAACCCUUGGCCCUAUAUUCAUUGCAAAAACAAAUCCAAACCCUCCACAAAAUAUUACAGUGACAGAUGUCACACCCAAUCAGAUUAAGUUGUCUUGGGCUGCCCCAGACUCUACCCAGGAUGCUUUGUUUGAUCGCUACUUUCUGUGCUGGGUGAAUGUAGCCCUUAGUACAGGAAAGGGUGUGUGGUUGAACAGAGGGAAUCUGAGUGCUGUCAUUGAUGGGCUGGAGACUUUUCAUGAGUACAGGGUCACUGUACUGUCAGUCACAGCAGAUGGAGUGCAGAGUUUUGAUGCCAUACCCCUUGUUGUCAUUACAGAGGUCAGACCCCCAUACAAAAUAUCAAUUUCUGCAGUGGGACAAGUAAACAUGACCUUGUGCUGGGAGCCUCUCCGGGAUGAUGUAGCUGAUGGCUAUUAUGUCCAGCUUCGCCCACAAAUAAGUCAGACCCAUUCCAGAGAAUUCUGGGUGAACAGCUCCAACUGUGUUACAACCGGCCAGCUGGUGGCUGGUGAGACGUAUGAAGUAGGUGUGGUAGCGGAAAGGGGUGGGAAUAGGAGCAGGGAGAGAACCAUACAGCAGACCCUCAAACCAGAAAGGGUCCAUGAUGCUGUUCCAUAUCUAGCGGGCACAAACUCUGUGGUCCUGUUUGUGCAGAUGCCCAGCAGGGGUGUUUAUGACGGCCUCUCCAUAGCUUACGGGAACAGCAGCGUCUGGCUCCCUAUGGCCCAUGGGAGCAGCAAGGCUACAGUGUGGAACCUGACUCCAGGCACAGUCUAUGACUUCCAGCUGUUUGUCACCAGCAGAGGCAUGUGCAGCACCAGCUUCCGUCUGCUCCCCGUCCGAACCUGUCUGGCUCCUCCCAUGGGCGUGCGUGCUGGUCUUGUCACAGACAGCUCGGUGGAGGUGCUAUGGGACAGAGCUGAGGGCUAUGGCCACUCUUAUGAAGCACUCUGUGUGGACUGUAGCCACUCUGUCAUGAAAGUGUUGCAGACUAGGGUGGUGUUUAAGGAUGUGGUCCCAGGAAUGCUGUGUAACAUCUCAGUGCGAACAGAGAAGGAGUUGUUCAGAGACAGUACAGCUGUGUUCCUAAGUAUCAGAGCAUACCCCAGUUCAGUCACCCUCCUGCCUGUCCAGAGAACGGUAUCGUCUCUUAUUGUGAGCUGGAGGGAGGGCCCAGGGGUGUGUGAUUUGUUCAUCUUUUCACUCAGGAACGCGACCUAUAACCUGCAGACCAGCCUGAGAGCCUCCGAUGACAGAUCCUGUCACGUUGACCAUCUUCCAUCAGGAAGUGUUUAUACUGUUGAGGUUACAAGUGUCAGUGGGGAAAGACACAGUGUUCCAUCUGCUGUGACUGUUAACACACUGCCAGCCCCUCCUGAUGACAUCACCUUUAUUGAACAGGAAGGGAAUGGCAUGUACAUCACCUGGACACAUGCGCAGGGCAAAGUGGAUGGGUACAGGUUGCAUUACGGACUCGCCGCCGACAUUCCUCUCCCUCGCCAGGUCGAUGUGCGUAGCAAUAGCGUGAGGAUAAGUGACCUGACCCCAGGAAGUGAUUACCAGUUUGUGAUCCAGUCUUUCUUGGGGUUUGAUUUCAGCCAGAGCAUUACCAGAAACACCUCCACCAGGCCUGCAGGGUUGUGUUUGCUCUCUCUUGUGCAUGCCAACUCCUCAUCUGCCACACUGGCGUGGGCCACGGCCGCUGAAGGGCCAUUCGACUUCCACCGAGUGACGGUUAAUAACGGCUCACGCAGCUGGGUGUUCAGUGUGAGCGCGGGCAUUCGGGAGUACACACUGGACGGCCUCCGUCCCGGGUGUUCCUACAACGUCACGGUGGAGCGCGUCAGGAAGAUGCAGAGUGGAACCUCUGCCACGGUCUCCUUUCAAACAGUCCCUGCUAGUCCUGAGGAUGUCUGUGUGGUCAAUGUGUUUUCUCAUUCCUUCUCCCUCCACUGGUUGGCCUCCUCUGGAUGUGAUCAGCAAUACUUGGUUAAGCUCAUCCCAGACCAUGGCAAUGUCUCCUUGACAACCAUGCCAAAUGGGCAUGUUCAGGCCAAUGUGUCCAAUGUGAAUCCAGGGACAUCCUACACAGUAACAGUCAGCGUAGUAGCCUCCUCAGGGCUCAGCUCUCCUGUCAGCCGUAUAGUUACCACUAUCGAAUCUGUUCCUCCUGCUCCCUCUAAACCAGAAGGUGAAAGAAUGGGGUCCAAUGGAAUCCUCCUCUCCUGGAAGAUGCCAUCGCCUCCUGACACAAAUAUCCACUCAUUUAUCAUCAGAUACAAGGAAGUGUGUCCAUACCCUGAUCCCACCUUCACUGAGAUCGCCAAGAACCUGGACAUCCCAGAGACCCUGCUGAACACUCUCAAUCCAGGGGCCACUUACAAAAUCAUGGUUGCAGCAGUGAACAAGGCAGGAACUGGACCUUUCAGCCCAAUUCUUUACUUCAAAACUGCUGAGGCCCCCCCUGGCAUGGUGACAAACCUCACAGCCUAUGCCCAGAAUCACUCCACGGUGAUAGUGACGUGGUUUCUACCCGUACGCAUAAACGGGCUUAUCAACAAGUUUGCAGUGAAAGCCAAGAUUGCGCGGACAGGCCAGAUAGUCCAUACUCUGGAGCUGAAGGCGGAGGACAUCAUGAAUGGAGCUCUGCCCCACUGCAAUGAUGCUGCAGACAUCUUGUCUCGUGGGACUCCCAGUCCCUCAGAGUCCUCGCUGAUGACAUCCGCCGUGAUGCCACCAGUCACGCUGUCAGCCAUUCCUUCUUCUUCCAUAUGGAAUGUACCAAUCAAUGUGGCACUGGACAAGCUCCACCCCUUCACAGCUUAUGUAUUUGAGGUGUCUGCCUUCACCACUGAUGGAGAGGGGCAGAUCGCCAGCACGAUGGUCCGCAUGCCUGAGGCGGCUCCAGAGGAUCCUCCGCACAAUUUGGUGUUAGGGAACAUCACCUCGAAGUCUCUGACUCUGUCCUGGUAUCCUCCUGCCAUCGUUACAGGACGUUUCAGCUACAUCAUCCAGCUCUACGGCCCAGAAGGCUUUAUUAGUGAGAACAGUACGAAUGAGCCGACGUUUGCUUAUACUGGACUGACUCCCUAUACGCGCUACCGCAUUAUCGUCAGGGCCAGAUCAGCUGGGGCUACAGGACCAGCAACAGAGACCAGCAUUUCAACAUCUCCAGAGGCUCCCAGUGCAGUGUCUGCUCUAAGAGCAGAAUCAAUAGACUCUAUAUCUGUGGUUCUAUUCUGGGACAUGCCCAGACAGCCAAAUGGCCUCAUCACUCAGUACCGUGUACUGGUCCUGCACUAUGAGACACUUGUACAAGACAUCACCCUCCAGGGACUACAACAGGAUGUGAACAAGACUGCUGAUGAUGUUGGUAUGUUGCCAGGAGGUUACAAUAACAGCAGCUCCCAAGUGCUGCAUCGCUAUGCGAGGUCGCUUAGCAAUAUUACCACAGCAACGACACCCUCAGCUCUCGCUUCCGCCAGCUCCCAGCCCACACAGAGCCCCAGCAGCUUCUCUGGCACUGACUCUGCCCACUCAAACCACACUCUCUCGCAUGGUGCCUUGAGAACGGACCUUCCCCUGACGCCAACACCGCCAGCCACACCUCCACCUUGGCUUACUGCUACCUUUGGCAGUGGCACUGCUAUGCCCAGUGUGGCUAACACUGAGACUGCGACCCUAAAGAGGGUGACUGACCUAUCACCUGUGACCUCAGGCUCUGACCGACCAACCAUUCUCAGCCCUGCCCAACCACAACCCUCCACCAGGGCAGCGGUCACAGACUUGACCAACCAGCCCCGCAUCACCACGCUAGCACCAGGCACAAGCAAUAUUUUAGUUCUCCCACCCGUCGUAAGGGUUGUCAGCCUGCAGUCUGAUAACAUUUCCUACAUGGUGGAGGAACUCCAACCUUUCACUGAGUACAACUUCAGCGUGUCUGCCUACACUGUCGUUGGACAGGGGCCCGCAACCCUAAUCACAGUGAAAACCACAGAGCAGGUGCCCAGCUCGGUCCGGGAUGUGCUCUAUCACAACAUAAACUCCACUUCGGUCUAUGUGAUCUGGAGCAGUCCUCUGAGCCCCAACGGCAAGAUCACGCACUACACUGUCUACAUACUCAACCUACAGAGCCAAAAAGCCCAGCAAUACGUCAGUAACACCACCAGCAUUCUUCUCACAGGUUUGGAGAAAUACACGCGAUACAAACUACGUGUCGCUGCUUCUACUGCGGUAGGGGAGAGCCCGCUGUCUGCCCAGGAUGACAUCUUCAUACUGACGCCUGAGGAUGUUCCGGACUCUCCUCCGCACGAUCUGAUCGUAACGAACACCACGUCUUCCACUGCCACAGUCACCUGGUCCCCUCCUGACAAACCUAAUGGCAUCAUCCGCCUGUAUGAAGUUUUCUACGGCAACGGCACCUACACCAACGCCGUCAACAGCACCUUGGCCAGUGUUACCCUGCACAACCUGAAACCUUACACUCUGUACAAUGUAACUGUGCGGGCGUACACCCAGCUGGGCCACGGGGACCAGACCUCCCACACCCUACAGAUGUUGUCUGGAGAGGAUGUGCCUGGUAGUGCACCAUAUGACCUGGUCUAUGAGAGCAUCAGCCCCAGCGAAGUGAAUGUGUCGUGGCAGCCCCCGGCUGUGCCCAACGGCCUCAUUGUGUACUACAGCAUGGAGUACUGGAAUGCCACACACACCCUGAACCUGAGCACACAGGCUCCGGCUGCCCUGCUCUCCAACCUGCGCAAGUACGCCCUCUACCGCCUCAGCGUGCAGGCAGCCACCCGGGUGGGUGUGGGCAACUACACCAGUGACAUCCUCAACAUCACCACCCUGGAGGACGUGCCCAGUGGCCCCGUCCACAACCUCUCAGCCCAAAGCUUUGGCUCUACAGCUGUAGUGAUUAGUUGGGAUCCCCCUCUGGAGCCCAAUGGCAGAGUCUUCUACCUGCUGAGCUUGCAGGAGGUGGGCGUCACUCACCCCUCCAUCAACCGCACGGACAACCUCACUAUUACGAAGACAACCAACGACACAGUGUUCCUCUUCACCAAGCUCAGGAAGUAUUUCCCAUAUUUCCUCCAAGUUACCCCAGCAACAAAAGCAGGCUCUGCCCUAAACCAUACCUCUGUGCUGAAUCUAAGAACAGAUGAAGACAUCCCCAGUUCUGCUCCGUUGCUGGCCAUGAGCAGGAACCUCUCGGCCACCUCCAUGCUGGUGUCGUGGUACGCCCCUGUCGAGCCCAACGGGGAGAUAACUGACUACGCUAUAGUCCUACAGGGCCCUGGUGGCUCCAACAGCACAUCCAUACCCGACACCAACUUUACUCUUACACACCUCAUGCCAUACACACCCUACAACCUCUCCAUCUCGGCAGUAAAUCGCAAGGGCAUGGGCCCCCCCCUCAUGCUGACCCUGCACACUGAUGAAGCAGGUCCAAUGUCUCCACCACGAAAUCUGAGUAUCUUUAACCACUCCUCUGCCUCAGUGUGGCUCCAAUGGGAGCCGAGCCUGGAGCCCAACGGCCUGGUUCAGCAUUACGGCUUCAGAAUAGUGGAACUGAACACAAACACUGUUACAUAUCAGAACUCUUCAGAUGCGUCCACUCAGGCGGAGCUAAGUGGCUUUCGACCUCAUAGCUCAUAUGAGAUAAGUGUGUGUUCUUACACCAGAGCAGGCAACGGAGACCAGUACAGUCUUCCUGUCACCUUCACUACUAAUGAGUCGGUGUCUGAGGCAGUGGGGAAUCUGACCUGUUCAGGCCUGGAUUGGGAUUCGGUGUAUAUGGAAUGGGAACCCCCAGUUCAUCCAAAUGGCGAGAUCUUGUUCUACCUCAUACGCUCGGCAGACCGUGAAGUAGAGGCGCAUCCUGUAAGCCCCACACGCACUUUAGUAUACACGUUCGGCGGCCUGCAGCCCGCCACUGUCUACACCAUCUCUGUGGCUGCGGUUAACUCUGCCGGCGCAGGGGAGAAGGCCAACUGCACAGCCGACACGCUGCCAGAAUCAGUUCCUGACCCUCCUCAGUCCCUGUCUGUAGUGAACGUUAGCUCUGAUGCUGUGACUCUCAGCUGGCUCCGCCCUGCCAGAGUUCCUGGGCUCUUACAGGGUUACAGGGUGGACAGCCAACGGCUGGGGAGGAGCUGUGAGCCAGAGGCAGACAGAGACUGUGUGGAACACGAGGUGGCACUGUCCGUGAACAGCACAGGAGUGAGCGAGAGCGUCACGCUGUCCCCUCUGCUUAAGUACAGACGCUACCGCGUCCGAGUGGCAGCGCUCACCCAAGCUGGGACGGGGGAACCUACAAUAUGGAUCCACAUACUCACUCUGCCAGGCAAUCCUGAUUCCCCCCCACGUGCUGUCUCAGUGGUUCCUUCCUCCACUGGGAUGAAAAUAGAGUGGGAUGAACCAGACAUAAUUUCAGGGCCCACCUCUUAUCUCAUUGAGAUUGUCACUCUGGAUGGUCCUUAUCGCAAUAUGAGUAUAGUGAGGCAGUCAGGAGAAAUAAUGACAGUGAUUGUUGGGAAUUUGACUGCAUUUACCCAGUACUCAGUGACUGUCAUUGCCUUUACUGGGGAUGUGACCUUUGCCCACCGGGAUGGCAAGGCCUCUGAGCCUGUUCUUGUCAGAACCCUGGAGGAAGAGCCAAAAGGUCCUCCCAGUAACCUGACCUUGACGGUGAUCCCGGAGAAAGUGACCCGUGUAUACGUAACAUUCUUUCCGCCUGACGAACCCAAUGGAAACAUCAGUGCCUACCGUGCUUACAUCUACUGCGAGGGCAGGUUCGACUUCCAAAUCGAAAACCUGCCCAUUGUCAGCAAAAAAAACAACACCAUGAUGGUUGUUAUAGACGGUCUCAAAGGAGGCUACAACUACAGCAUACGGAUAGCUGCAGUGAACGGAGCGGGAUCAGGACCCACCUCCGAAGUCCGAGUCACCACGGCAAUAACAGCCCCACCUAAGCCUUACCUGAAGCCUCUGGUAGCUCUGAACAGCGAAGGCGACAUCAUUGCAACAUCCAAAACCAUUACUAUUAAGAUGCCACUGUGCUUCUUCUCUGAUGACAAUGGUCAAGUUCAGAGAAUUCAGGUCAUCGUCUCUGAGCCCACAGUGAUGAACUACAAUAACGUGUCUAACUGGAAGAGUGUAUUCUUCAAUUCGUCUGCCCCAUACUUCACUGACAAAGGCUUUCCGAACCUGGUCUGCCCUGAGAAUAAAGAGCACAUGGACAUACUAACCACCACAUAUGAGAUAGGAGCAGAUGAAACCUGCCUUUCUGAAACUGCACAAACCCUCUGCAAUGGACCCCUCAAACCCAGAACUCACUACGUAUUCAAGUUCCGUGCAACAAAUGUACUUGGCCACCACACAGACUCCGACUACUCGGAAAUAGUUAGAACAGCAGAUGACCGCCUUUUGACUCGGAAUGAGCAGAUCAUCCUGGGAGUGCUUCUUUCGUUUUUUCUGGCGCUAUUUUUAAUCUUGAUUAUAUAUGCAUCUGUGCGUGUCCAUCAGAAGCAAAAGGAGGGCGGAACCUACUCUCCACGGGAGGCUGAGAUUAUCGACACAAAGCUGAAGCUGGACAAGCUGAUUGCAGUGGCUGACAUGGAGCAUAAAGAGGAAAAGAUCAACCGGCUGCUCAGUUAUAGGAAAUCUCUCAAGCCCAUCAGUAAGAAGGCUUUCCUUCAGCAUGUGGAGGACCUUUGUGCCAAUGACAACACCAAGUUUCAGGAGGAAUUUGCUGAGCUGCCGAAAUUACUGCAUGACCUGGCUACAUCAGAUGCUGACCUGCCAUGGAACCGCUCCAAAAACCGCUUCACAAACAUCAAACCCUAUAACAAUAACAGGGUGAAGCUGCUGUCUGAGCCAGGCAUCCCAGGGUCUGAUUACAUAAACGCUAGUUUUGUCUCUGGCUAUCUGUGUCCUAACGAGUUUAUAGCUACUCAGGGCCCUCUGCCUGGCACAGUGGCUGAUUUCUGGAGGAUGAUUUGGGAGACCAGGAGCAAAACCAUUGCCAUGCUCACGCAGUGCUUCGAGAAGGGCCGGAUUCGCUGUCAUCAGUACUGGCCAGAGGACAACAAGCCUGUCACUGUCUUCGGUGACAUUGUCAUCACAAAACUAACGGAGGACAUGCAUCCUGAUUGGACGGUCCGAGCUCUCCGAGUGGAGAGGCAUGGAGACUACAUGGUAGUGCAUCACUUUAACUACACCUCGUGGCCAGAGCAUGGUGUCCCAGAGUCCAGCUCCACGCUCAUCCAGUUUGUCAAAGCUGUCAGAUCGAACAGAGGCCAUGACAACACAACCAUCGUAGUUCACUGCAGUGCUGGUGUGGGCAGAGCAGGAGUGUUUAUAGCUCUGGACCACCUGAUCCAGCAUGUGCGGGACCAUGACUUUGUGGAUGUGUAUGGCCUAGUGGCAGAACUGCGCACCGAAAGGAUGUGUAUGGUGCAGAACCUGGCUCAGUAUAUGUUUCUGUAUCAGAGCACUCUGGAUCUGCUGACCAGCAAAGGUAAUAGUCAGUCUGUCUGGUUUGUCAACUAUUCAGCUCUGGAGAAGAUGGACUCGUUGGAUGCUAUGGAAGGUGAUGUUGAGUUGGAAUGGGAAGAAACAACAAUGUAAAGAUUGACAUUGGUUUUUAUAGACUUUUGUCUGCGAUGGCUUCACUCAAGACUAAGAGACACAAAACAAAUGGGUGAGCUCUGAAUGUAGACUUCUGGGACACUGGGGCCAAACAGAGAGCAACCACAUGGACAUCCUUUCACUGGCAGUUCACACACACAUACCGUGUGUCUGUACAUGUAGUAUACACAUUUUGUAAUGUAUCCCCAAACCUCUACACUGCAGAACUGUGUACUGCAAAUGCAGAAGAGUGCAUGUCAACAGGAAAUAAUGUCAUGUAGCAAUCAUUAACCAUUUACCAUUAAUUGAAAGGGUGGUUCACUCUGUUCCUCAGGCCUAUACUCUGUAUGAUGUAGUCUUCUAAACGUACUCAGUCGUACCCAAUUCACACGGCCCAUGUGGUGUCAUUUAUAAUCUGCACCAUGGGAUACUUUAUCUCUGCCUGCCAUUUAGCCUUCUAUAAAACAGAAUGCUGCAAAUUAUGACAUCAUUCAUUUAUUCAGUACAUCGCAUGCAUCAGAUAAGGAAAACUACCAAGUCAAAUUUUUAUUCUUGUUUCAAUUAUUACGUUUUUUAUUUAAAUUAUUAAGCCAAAUGAGUGUUUGUGUCAGGAGUUAGUAAUAUACAUAGUUAUUUGAGUUUAUAUAUUCAGAUGAAGCAGUGUGUGUUUGGAAAUGCAUUUGCGUAUUCUUCUGAAAUUUGCAGUGUGUGACAGAAUAAUGAAAAGUUAUGUAGUAGAUACACAUUUGCUUUUAACUUCUGUGCUGUUAAUUUCAGUAUCUAAUUGUUAAUUGUUAGCAAAAGACUACUACACUAUAGUAUAUAAUAGAAAUGAGAAUCUAACUAUAUUGCCAAUAUUUCUGGAGUGAAGUUCUAUCUGCAAAAGAACGAUUUAGGAAUGACAUUUCAAACAGAGACCCUUUGCACGCAUAGCUGAUGGAGGACUUCUGACUGAAACAUUCUGUUUCGCUGGAAACCUUGUGUGCUAUACUGCUACUGCAUGUCAGUGUAGUUCACUCUCUUUAAAUGCAAUAGAAGAGUAAUGAGGCAAACAUUUAAUAGCAAUGUUUGGAGAAUCCAUAAACUUAAUAAGGAGAUAGAUCAUUUUAAGGCCAGGAUUAAAUACACACAUUAAACCCUAACCCUAACUCUAACCCUAAUUCUGACCCUAGCCUACUUUUUAAUAGGUUUUUAGCUGGUUUAAUUCACCAACUGAAUUAUGAUCAUUUUCAAUUCAUGGCUUGUACUGAAAAUAAGUUGAUGAAAACAAUCAUGUUCCUCCCACCUUUUUAUACCACAAGAAACUUGUCACCAUUCCCAAUAAUUUGGAGCUAUGAAACUGACUUCUAUGGAGCAGUCUAUACCUUCAAUAA